UAGGGGUAAAAUAUGUGUGACGAAAGCACUGUGAGUCCUCAUGCGGCCACAAACAAAAGUUUGAUACUUUCUGAAAUUUUCCCGGAAAAUAGCAGAUUCCUGUUUAGAUUUUUCUCAUCAUGCGCCAUUUGUUGCUUCUUCCAAAUCCGCCAUAAGAACGUUGAAAAAUGGCUUUCAGUCUACGCACUCAGUCCCACUUCAUCAAUAAACCAUGCCAUCAUCAGCAGCCACCAAUUUUUUCCACCACCCAAACCUCAGAAUCUUCCCCCGCCGUUCUUAUCGGCUCAAAUCUCUGAAACCCAUUUCUUCUUUUCCCAGAUUUCCCGCCAAAAAACUGGAUUUCUCAGGUGGAUUCGUCCCCAAGAAAGCUGUUUCGGGGCGGAGGAGCAGAGUCAUGGCUUCGAAUUCCAUGAUUGAGCUGAUAAAGAUGCUGCCUUCUCGAAACGCCGACGGCGAAGACGGCGGCGGAGAGAUUCAACCUGAAGAUUACAUUGAUGGUUCUUCAGAGUUGAGUCCUUUGAUUGUGGAUAAUGGGUUGGAAUCGAAACUCAAUCGACUGAGCAAGUGGAUUAUAUCUGCCCUUUUUGCUGUGGUGAUUCUGUGGAGGCAUGAUGGAGAAGCCCUGUGGGCUGCAAUGGGGUCUGUUGCAAAUUCAAUCCUAUCUGUUAUACUCAAAAGGAUACUGAACCAGGAGAGGCCAAUUCAGUCGUUGAGAUCGGAGCCUGGAAUGCCUUCUUCCCACGCACAAUCCAUCUUCUACAUUGUUACGUUCACGAUUUGGUCAAUUGUGGAAUGGCUAGGGGUAAAUGUAAUUACCUUGACCAUCGGUGCGUUUGCCUUAGCGUUUGGAACAUAUUUUACAUGGUUACGAGUCUCGCAAAAACUUCAUACGCUUAGCCAAGUCAUUGUGGGUGCUGCAUUCGGAACCAUUUUCUCCAUCUUUUGGUUCUGGUCAUGGAAUGCUUUUGUGCAGAAAGCGUUUGUUUCCACUUUAUGGGUUCAAAUAGUUGUAGGUUUGGGGGCUGCUGGAUUUUGCCUAGGAUUUCUUGUGCAUGUAAUUCGUAAUUGGUUUAGGGCUUAGGGCUUAGGGAUGAAAGGUGAAAAACCAUGUAAAUUGAAAAAACGUAUGAAUGAGUGACAAAAUGAUUCGAACAA